AUGUCGCCCGCUGUCAAACUCAACGCUGAGCCUAAUCUUGAUAUUAGCUUCCAGGACUACCUGAUCCUGUCAAAGCUGGUCUUCGACUGGGCCGAUAGCUACGAUGCCAAAGACUGGGAUCGACUCCGCAGCAUAAUUGCCCCGACUCUGACGGUCGAUUACACCAAAAUCGGCCUCAAAAGAUGGGACGACAUGGCUGCCGACGACUACAUGGCCAUGAUAACCCACCCAGGCUUCUUAGGUGAUCCCACCAUCAAAACCCAGCACCUCCUGGGCCAAACCUGGUGGGAGAAGAUCUCCGACACCGAGGUGAUCGGCCAUCAUCAGCUUCGCGCUGCGCACCAGGUCUACACGGACGAUGGUUUGGACGAGGUCAAGCUGCGGGGUCACUCGCAUGCUACCAAUGAACACUAUUACCGCAAAGUUGACGGGGUGUGGAAGUUUGCUGGGUUGAAGCCUAAUGUGCGGUGGAAUGAGUUGCGUUUUGAAGAGGUUUUCAAGGGACUGAACUGA